AUGCUUCUUAGGUCUGUGAGUUCUCGCGAUUUGGUUCGAGUGCUAGGACUCAAGAGAUUUUCAACCAUCAAUGCUUUCAAAAAGACAGAGCCAAUUGACCCCUCUGCAGGUGUUUUAAGGCAUAUUCAAUUCACUGAAAGAAUGCCAUUUGAGACUGGUCUUUGUAUCCAGGAAAAAUUCGUGAGGGCACACUUGGACAUGAAAGCACUUCAGGCAAAGAUUAAAAAUAAGAUAAAUGGGCUGCAUCAGCAAGUAGAAAACGCUACCUUGAAUCCAUCAGAGAAAAUGAUACUUGAUAGCAUCUUAGCCAUGAAGCCAAAUCCGUUGGUACUCACUUUUGAGUUUCAUCCAACGUAUACAGGUGGGAAAAGAAUAAAGAAGGUUAUUAGUAGUGAGCAAAUUGAAAAGUUUGAAAACUUUGUGCCAGAUGCAGCAGGUAUUGGACCCAUGAAACCAACUUUUGUGCAAGUAGAAAGAGGUGGACAAAUUACAUAUCAUGGGCCCGGUCAAAUGGUUGCCUAUGUCAUACUUGACUUGAAAUGCUUCAGAGAUUUCCCUGCACGUUGCCUUGUUUCAGCAAUUGAAAAGGCCACGAUGAAUACAUUGAAAGGUAUUCCCUUAAACGAUUCAGGUGAAAAAUUAGAUUUACAUACAAAACUCACUGAGAAGACCGGUGUUUGGUCAAUGCAAGAUGAGAAAAUUGCAAGUAUUGGCAUACACGUUCGGAGAUCUAUUACCUCUCAUGGUGUAGCCAUCAAUGUGUCACCGAAUCUUGCUUAUCUCAACACCUUUGAAAUGUGCGGCUCCCCAGACAGUACAGCAACUUCAAUAAUCAAUGAGAAACCAACAAACCCUGUCAGUGUUCAGACUACAGCGAUCAUAUUUGUAAGAGAAUUAGCGAAGGUACUCGGUAUUUCGAAAGUCGAAAGAAUGCAAGGUGACAGAAAUGACAUCGCCAGUAUGCUCGAGUAA